AUGCAGGAUGCUGGAGGCAUGAAGAAGCUUCCUGCGGAUAUUGGCUCCACCUUGCAGCACCUACGAGCGCUCAUCAUACUUCGUGCUGACGAGUUGACAGAGCUUCCAGAGUCCAUUACUGAGUUACAGACGCUGACAUCCUUAUGUGUUCGUGCUCAGAAACUGGCCAACCUUCCUGAACAGAUCGGGGCGUUAUCUAGGUUGAGGAAGCUGGAUGUGUCAGAAUGUUCAUCUCUAACAUCGCUCCCUUCAUCUCUGACGCAGCUCUCUUGCCUCUUUUCUCUGAAGGCAAGUGAGAGUGGCAUCCGCUUGCUGCCACCCAACUUCUCAAGGCUAUCCAGGCUCAAGAAUAUUGACCUGCAGGAUUGCAAGGAGCUGGAGGCUCUUCUGGAGGACCUUACAAACCUGAAGUCGAUAUUGGAUUUCAACGCUGAUGGGUGUGACAAGGGUACUGGAGGGGUAGGGGUUAUGAGAGGAGUGAGGGAUGUGCGAGGGUUGGGGGUUAUAGAAGGAGUGGGAGCUAGGAGAGGAGAGGGGGGUAUGAGAGGAGUGGGGGUUACGAGGGGAUUGGGGCGUGUGAGAGGAAUGUGGGGUUAUGAGAGGAGUAGGGGGUAUGAGAGGAUUCCAGGUUAUGAGGGGAGUGGGGUGUAUGAGAGGAAUGUGGGGUGUGAGAGGCGUGAGGUGUAUAUGAGGAAUGGGGUGUAUGAGAGGAAUGGGGUGUAUGAUAGGAAUGGGGUGUAUGAGAGGAAUGGGGUGUAUGAUAGGAAUGGGGUGUAUGAGAGGAAUGGGGUGUAUGAUAGGAAUGGGGUGUAUGAGAGGAAUGGGGUGUAUGAGAGAAAUGGGGUGUAUGAUAGGAUUGGGGUGUAUGAUAGGAAUGGGGUGUAUGAUAGGAAUGGGGUGUAUGAUAGGAAUGGGGUGCAUGAUAGGAAUGGGGUGUAUGAUAGGAAUGGGGUGUAUGAUAGGAAUGGGGUGUAUGAUAGGAAUGGGGUGUAUGAUAGGAAUGGGGGGAUUGGGUGGUAUGAGAGGAAUGGGGGGCAUGAUAAGAGUGGGGGCGUGAGAGGAUUUGAGGGUAUGAGAGGAGUGCGGGGGAUGAGAGGAGUGGAAGGAAUGAGAGAAAUGGGGUGUGUAGGAGGAGUGAGGGAUAUUGGAGUAGGAAGAAUGCGAGAUGUGGGGGAUGUGAGAGGAGUGGGGGGUGUGAAGGGAAUGGGGGAAUGA